UGAACGAAACAUCAACAGUUUAAAUUUUUUUCCGUCAGCAUUGUGAUAUUUUAGUGUAUAACCGUAUAUGCUAUAUUCUGCUUUGCACAGACGAAAUAACGCGAUUCCCUCAGAGGCAUGCGAUAGACGUUAAUUAUUUUAAAUAUAGAUUUAUCACAAUUGAAGUCGUCAGCUGGCGUUUGCGUGACCAUCGCAUGUCCGGUGAUGCGUGGUUUCGCGCGCGUUUUUGGUCACGUGGCGGUGCCGCCCUCGGUCACGUGACGAGCGCGUGGCCGCAACUGGCGCCACGCGGUUUCCCGUUGGGCGGGCCGCCACAAAGAGACGCAGCAGGAGCAGCAGCAGGAGCAGCGGACACGAGAGGGAGAAAGGCAGCAGCAGCAGGAGCAGCUGCUGCAGCAGCGGACACGAGAGGGAGAAAGGCAGCAGCAGCAGGAGCAGCAGCAGCAGCAGAAAUGUGGAAUGGGAUGGACCCCAAAUCCAAGGGGGGCACCCUGCCACGCUCUUGGGAGUCCUUGGGCGGCGCGCCGCUGUCGUUGUGCACAUCCGCGGAGUACCACCACUUCCCCAGCGAGCCGUCGCGCCUGGAGCCCGGCGGCUGCCAUGUGGAUAACCUGGUUCAGCGUCUGCCCGGCGUGGUGAGCGUGCGAUCUAGCCCCACUGGUAAGAUCACAUGCCACCCAGUAGAACUGCCGCCUGCUUCACCAGGCAGUGAAUUUGGUGAUCUCAGUAUGGGUGUCGAAACGGGACUUUCACACACGUCAUCAUUGCAACUCCAGAGGAGACACGUGCAGAUCGAGCAAACCAUGCGACCACCGGCUGGUAAUGAAAACCCCUUGGAAUAUUGCAGUGAAAUGCCUGCCUUUACUCAAUCACACAUGUCUAAAACCUUACAACAUGAUGGUGAUCAUUUGCCGAUGUAUGGUUUUUCAUCAGGCUUGAAAGGAUGCGAUGAGGCAUGUGAAAAUAACUCAAGAGACUCCUUAUUUGCGCAUUCUGUUUUGAGAAAGCGCAUUCAGACUAUACUCAUUGAGCAAAAAUGCAUUCUGUGGUCCGAUUUAUCUAAGUUGUAUAAACGGACCUUUGCUGAAGACUUACCAGAGGUUAUACUGGAAUAUUUGAACAAAUGGACUGACAUAUGCCACGUGAAAAGAUUUGGUUCUGAAAGAUCUGGCAGUUGCAUAGUCAUGCUAUCUGAUGAUGCCAGAAUGCAAGUUGAUGGUCUCAACCCUUCUGGGGUAGGACUCCAAGGGAACUUGGGCAACGUGGUGAAAUUCACACCUUUUCAAAGCUUGUUGGAAAAAAAGCAUGAAAAUAAGUCGCCAUUGAAUGAUGUUUUGAAACGACAGCUGUGUAACCUGCUGAAGGAUCACAGGAGUGGAAUUUGGUUGAAGUGUCUCCCAAAUUUAUUUUUCAAGAAAUAUAACCAGACACUUCCUGAGGAGAUAAUACAGAAAUAUGAAUGCCUUUCAGAGAUUUUUGACUUGGACAUGCCUCUGAAAAACAAUCCAAAAAGUGUAAUUCUUCAUUUUCCAGACAUCUCUGAGGUAAUUGUCGCACCUGCUGUUUUGCCAAAGGCUGAAUUGACAUUUGGGAAGAUCAGUUGGGUAAGACACUGCGAAGAAUUUUACAUCCAAUUUGAAACGGACUUUCUGGAAAACGAUUUGAGAAGCAUCAGCAACAUGCUGCUCAAUCAGUAUGCAACUGGUAAAAGGGAGCUCGCCCAAUUCGUCCAAGGAACCUUCUGUUCUUUUGAGAUAUCGAACAGCUGGUAUCGAGGUCAAGUCCAGUCCGUUGACGUGAAAGAACAGACCGCCAUCGUUUUCGCAAUAGAUUACGGCUUUCACACCAGCUGCGUCCGCACAGAGGUCUGCAAGUUACCCCCUGCGUGUGCUCGUCUCCCCGCCCAGUGCGUGCGUUGUUGCCUGCGUCCCAUGGGUGAGCACGGCGCGCAGUGGGCCUCCACGGCCCUCAGGGAACUCAACUGCCUGAGCGAGCGGUUGAAGGUCAAAGUGGAAGAAGUAAAAGGAGAAUUUGCCAUCGUGGUGCUUUACACAGAAAAUGGCACCUGCGUGAAUGAAAAGCUCUGCUCGGCGUGCGUGCAGAUUCCAUCGCUGACCCUGUCCGAAGAAGACGUUGUGUUAGUUUCAUUCGUCACGGCCGAAUCGACUAACGAGGUGAUUGUGAGAUAUUGCAGCGGAAUAUACGCUUGCCAAUUGAAUGAACUUAUUGAAUCGAUGAACCUAUAUUAUGACUCCAAUAAGGGCAGGAUGAUGCCUUGCUUCAGCGUCAAUGAGUUGGUGGCUGUGCAUGCCGAGGAGCGGGGCUGGCUACGGGCGUCUGUUGUCAACGUGUCCGGUGACCACGUCGAGGUUAUGUGUGUUGAUCUGGGCCUCUCGCUAGAAAUAAAGAAGUCUGAUGUUCGUCAGUUGGAAGACACAUUUUGCAGCCAGCAUAUGCUUGCGCUUGUGUGCCAGCUAGCAGGCUUGGAAUACUUUUGCAGGGACAAGGCGGUCCUCAAUUGCCUUUGCUCGAUGGCUUAUGACCACAUCCUGCACUUGAAACUUUUGAAGAAAAUCCCCGAAGCCCUGGUGGUUCUGUACGACCCUUCUGGGGCGAACAUCAACGCCGCCUGUUUAAGAGCGUUAGAGGACAGGCGUCUUGCCCUGCAGCUCGAGGUAAACGUGACUUAUAGAAACGUCUACAUUCAGCACGUGACCAGUGAUGGUUUUUUCUUCUGCCAAAUGAAGACAAAUGUUGUCAAAAAAGUGGACAGAAUCCUUUCAGAGAUUGAAAAGGAGGUGGCAUGCCUGGAGCCCGUGCCCCACGUUUUCAGUGGCAUGCGGUGCCUCGUCCAACACGUGGAGGGGAGGCCGCUGGUGCGUGCGGAGAUUUUGCAUGUUCAAGACCAACACAUUGUGGAGGUUUAUCUCACUGAUUACGGUAAAAGAGCACUGAUCGAGACUUCGAGCCUCUUAAGAAUCGGUGCACAACACAUCAAGGACUUGGUGGAGAUCCCUGCACAGGUUGUGAAGUGCAGACUGGCCGGUGCUGGCACGGAGCACGUAGAAUUGACGGGGCAGGUUCUGCGCUGGUUGCGAAGCUGUGUGGCAGAAAGACACGGCUGGGGUGUGAAGGUUGUUUCCACAGACUACUCUACAUCUGUCUCAAACAUCUACUUAUUUAUCAACGAUGGGAAACACUGGGAAGACACCGUGAACUGCACCGUCAUCUCUCGAGCGCUUCGCUCCAGGUCUAAUGUGGAACCCAGUCCAUCGGUCGGCUCGAGCGAAAACCCCGAGUCGUUUGAGCAGCGGUGCACCGCUGGCAGGAACAGCAACGGUGCCGUGGCGUUAUCGCCGCCGUACCCCGGGGAGACAUUCGAUUUUCACGAGCUCAAUUUCGGUGGCACCAAAGUGCCGAGGCCUUUUCAACUGCGGGAAAGCUCCUUGUCCCCCGUCUCGGCUGCACUGCAGCAGCAGCAGCAGGAGCAGCAGCAGGAGCAGCAGGAGGUGGUGCCGCCGCUGCACGCGUUGCCGCUCGGUAAGAUGAAGCAAGUUUUCGUCUCCGCCGCCCACCUACCAAGCCAGUUUGUCGUGCAACUCUGCCAGGAGAUGCCCUUGCUGGACCGCUUGAUGAACAAAAUGGAGCAGCAUUACCGCAGUAAAUCACCCCGGCCUGCGACCGGCGUCCAGGUCGGCAAGAUUUACGCCACGAGAUUUGAAGAUGACAGAUUCUACAGAGUUGUGGUGAAGGGUGUGAUGAGUGGAAUGGCCAACGUCUACCAGCUGGACUACGGAGAGUACAGUGUGGUGCCGCUGGACAGACUUCUGCCUCUUCCCUUAACAUUCAGAACCCUUCCCAUCCAGGGAGUGUGUGCCGAGUUGUUUGGUACUGCCUCCGAGCACGAGUGGUCUGUGGAGGCAGCGACUUUGUUCGGCAAGCAAGUGAAGGGAAGGAGUCUGUGGGCGCUUUUCAUGGCGACCGAUGAGGACCCGAGCAAGCCGUUUGAGAGGAAAGCCUGCGUCGACCUCAUCGACACGUCGCAGGACAACGACGUCUACAUCUCACAGCUCAUGCUGAAUUUUAAGUCGUGAAAAGCACCGUGACACGCUGGCGAUUACAACCGCACGUGGCUCGUAAAGUUUGGUUCGUUAUCGCCGAUGUUUUGUUGCUGUUUAAAGUGUAUCGGUUUAUUUCCUGCUGCGGUGGUUUUCAAUGGCAUUGGUUUAGUAAACAAUAUCUAGGAUGUACUUUCCCGGCAAAAGCAUGGCACUAAUAUUUGCGAUCUUGCUUAAAUUAACAAGUAGAAAAAAUAUGUUGCCAGAUUAAAAUGCAGAGAAGGAAAUCUGCGGUUGUAACGCUCUUCAAGAAAAGCAAUGAUUCUUAACAAAAUAUCACACGAUGACAUGUUUUACAUUUACAAGUUACGUGAACACUUUUGCGUUGUCUGGGAUUAUUUGGUGGUGCAGAUUUACAAAUCGUUCCCACGUGUGCAGUCUAAAUACUGCGAGCAAGAUGACAGCUUUGAAAUGUGAAGUGAGAGUUUUGGAGGUGUAAACAGUUUUGGAAGAGAAAUUAUUUAAUUGUAACUUCUCAUUUCCACGCUUUGAGUAAUUCCGUCUGGACUAAAUUGCCACUCGGCAGAUUUCGGGCCAAAAUUGUGUUCUCAACGCGUCUGUCAGUACAACUGCGUGUCAAAGAUGUACACGGCAAUUCUAGAUUUGAAGCUUUCGUGACUGCAAGGAUCCAUACUCUUUGGUUCUAUUCGGUAAAGUCACGUAGGUAAAAAAAUAAAACAACAAAAAUCACGACGUUGCGGCCACAACACAAGCGGCCUGCACCUUAAAGCAUUAUUAUUAUUGCUGGCAUCUCCCUCGAUCUCAAACUCUUUGCUUGUGGAGUUUUGACAAUUUUGGGGUUUAAAUGUUAUUAUUUGAAAAGAUAACACACGCAAUUGCAUGUGAAUCUGCACACCAAAUAGCCACAAAAAACAACUGGGAUUAAAGGCCACGAGAGUCGCACAGUGGCCAGUUGUUUAACACCUCAAGUUGUGUCAAACGCCUCGAGUGACGCAGCCCCUGGUUUAACACCACAAUGUUGAUAGAGAACGAAGGGAAAAAUUCCCCCAAAGUUUUUCUGCUACCGACCUCUGGCUAGAUGAAUAAUACACGAAGCUCACCUUGGCAUUUUUGUUAUAAAUUCAACUUUUUUUAUAUAAAGAUAUGAAACAUUUGUUUUUUGGUAGUGGCUUAGGGUGCACUUUAAUUGUACAUUGUCCACGGAAGCUGUGCAAAGUAACUGCUCAGCUGCGGUACUGGUGUGGAUGGUGUUGUGAACGUGUUGAAAAGGUUUUGUUUUCCCUGUUAUUGAAUUCGUUUGCUUUAUAAUUUUGAACAGAUUUGCAGGGAUGUAGGGUGGCUUUCACGUGUGUGCUGAUUAAAUUCACACUUUCAUAUUGGCGACUAUACUUUGCAUUGAUUUAUAAUAUAUGUAGAUCCUAAGAUGGGAAUACGUUUAAUUGGAAGACUGCACGAGAUUGUGGCUUGCACCAAUUUAAUGGAAAAUGUUAGUUUUUUGAUCUCUUAAGAUCAUGUACACACGACGUACUCGUAAACAUUCUUGACGCUACAUUGUACAUUCAACGUUAUCUGAAGAAGAUUAUCUGAAGCUUUCCACAGUAAACAUUCCGUUAUCUACAGGUGAAGGUGAUAUCUGCCAGCCAUCUUAAUCGAACUCAUUGUUGUACCACAAUCAUUCACUGUUUCGUUAAACUGAAGAAAGAGCAACACCACACCAACUCAAGCCCUCUCGUCGUGGCCAGCAGAGACCCAUGCAUUUCGCUCCUGACUGAACACAAUGCUGUCGUACGCAAGUAUAGGAUCUAAUUUUUUUUCAUUGUGAUGUUUAAACUUACUAUAUUGUAGUUGGCAGUAUACAAACUCCCCGUUCUCUGCAUUUGGUCAAUGCUUCGCAUUGUGGUUGAAGUGUGAAUUUGCCCCUCGUUGCCUGGGAAAGUGUGCAACAUUGAGACUCGUCAUCUGCCACCCUCCAUCCACUGUUCGCAUCCCUGAAUCGUGCCAUUAUUAAAAAAAUACCGUUUGUGAUUAAUUA